CCGGCAUGCAUUAGAGGGUUGUUUUCUGCACAGUCUUUUCCCACCAUUCUUUGUUUAUUUCCGGGUUUAUGAAUACUGAAGAGAGAACACUCGUCUCCACCAUGGCCGAGCUGAUCCAGAAGAAGCUACAGGGAGAAGUGGAGAAAUAUCAACAGCUACAGAAGGACUUGAGUAAAUCUAUGUCAGGGCGGCAGAAGCUUGAAGCACAACUAACAGAAAAUAAUAUCGUCAAGGAGGAACUGGCGCUGCUGGAUGGGUCCAACGUGGUCUUUAAACUUCUGGGUCCUGUGCUGGUCAAACAGGACCUGGGGGAGGCCCGGGCCACAGUGGGGAAGAGACUGGACUAUAUCACAGCUGAAAUUAAGAGAUACGAAUCCCAGCUCCGGGAACUUGAGCAGCAAUCAGAGCAACAGAGGGAGACCCUUGCUCAGCUGCAGCAGGAGUUCCAGCGGGCCCAGGCAGCAAAGGCAGGGGCUCCUGGAAAAGCCUAACCCCAUGGUUGGGGGGAGGGAGGGAAACCAGGCAGCUCUAGGAUCUAGACUGUAGCUAAUAAAAUAUGGAAAUACCUGGCUGUUUUCUGACCAGCCACUUCUGUCA